UAAUUUAUUUUAUGAUGGUUAAAGAUGUGCACAGCAGAUGGAUUCUGUUUCAUGUCGCUGCGAACAGCAGCUGUAGUCGUUGGACUCAUACACCUUAUUUUAAACGUUGCGAUGGGAAUUAUUAUCACUGUAAUGAUAGUGCAAAUAGCACAAAAACCGGAUGAUGCUAGUAAAAGCCUCAUGUCACCGAUCGCACCAAUCUUUAAGAAGGAUUCGGUGGACAAAACCACUUCGAUAGCUACAAUGGUUGUGAUGUUCUUGGUGCCAGCUGCGAUAGGCGCUCUAAUGGCGCUAUUGCUCAUCAUUGGUGUUGCGACGGACAAUCGGUGUUUGGUGAUGACAUAUUACGUCUAUGGCAUAUUGACAGUGAUAGCCAGCGUUGUAUUUGUUGCAGUCUGGUUUUAUUCAGGAGAAAUUUUGGCCGAGGUUUUUACACUUAUUUCACUGAUUGUCUAUGUGAUCAUACUUCAUUUCGUUAUCAAGGGGUUUUUGAAUGAGAUGGGCGGUUGAAAUAUGCAAUGCAGGUCAAGAGAAGUGAGCCUCAACUUAACUGUAUUUCUUCGAAUAAG